AAGCCUUCCUUUUGCGUUUCGCUCGAGUUUAAACGAUUCUUUUUAUAGUCCAAGCAUUCAAUUGUUCUUCUUCUUUCUUCUUUUCAUACUGACGUCCAACUACUCUUUUAUUUUCACUUGCGGUUAAGAUACCCUCCUUUUUUCAACGCGACAAGAGCCAUCAAAAAUUGACGCAUUGAUUCCCAAAAAUAACCUUGGCACUUCUAGUGCAAAUAAUAGCUUCCUUAAUCCUGGUAGCUGCAGUAGUAGUAACAAUAGUGUUUAUAGCGAACCUGUUAACACCAGCAAUAUUACAUCUAGCUCACAACACCGUCGUAUACCCUUUGUUCACCGAUUGUCUUCUUUCAGAAAACACAAAAGAAGCUCAUCCAUCUCUUCUCCAAUGCCACCGAAUCAACCUGAAUCGUAUAAAAGCUCAAGCAAUAACAGCGUUAAGGAAGAUCUCUAUUCCGCUGAACUCGUUUUAAAAGUCAAUGUUAUACAAGCACGCAAUUUAAUUCGAGAUGAUGAGACGAAUGCUCUUAGCCCUUAUGCAAAUGUCUGUUGUGGUGGGAUCCGACAUAGGACAGAUACUCUGAAAAAAUCGUCCAAUCCUGAGUGGAACUGUAUCUUUGAGUUCAAUUUGUCAAAUGAUAUUCUAGGUCAUAAGAGGAGGCUGAGGGCGUUGAAGAAGCAAGGAUUAUCCAUUACAGUGUAUAGUAAAGAUCGAUUCUCUUCUAUAUUCUUGGGUCAAAUCAAUUUGUCACUUGACCAACUGUUUAAACAAAAUGAAUCCAUGACUUUUGAGAAAUCUCAUCCCAAAUGGCUUCCUUUGUCGCUACCAAGCAGACAGCAUAGACGACUUCACCUGAGAAGAAAGAAGCUGGAUGACUCAGCACCGACAACGACAGCAGUAGCCCCAGAGUCACUUUCAGAUAGUGAGCAAACCGAAAUACAGAUCCAAUAUGGAUUGUUGUUAAAGACGAGUCAUGGAGACAUAAUACCUUAUGAUGAUGCUAUUUUAAGAGACGACUGGCAGUCUUUACUAGCCGAUGAUAGCACCAGCAACAUCAAAGAUGAGGAGCUGUCAGGGGAAACUGAAGCAGAAUCAGGAAUAGGAGGAUCGGUGGAUGAGGAAACUCUCUCUUCAUCGGUACCCGCGCCUAUGCCUGCUUUACAUGGAAGCUCGAGUACAACUUCGUUUAGUAGCCGUUUCAGGCGACCCUUAAGACACAAUCACUCAACAUCCUCUACUACUUCAUCCUCUUCCAUUGCAUUUAACACAGCUCCUUCAACACCUGCAAUCCAUCAGACGGAGACCCUUCCAUCCGGUGAUACGACCGGUGAUAAGAAAAAGGGUAGGAAACUUAGACGAAAGUUUAAGAGAAAACAAAAGAACCGAAAGGCCUCCAAAGGGGGAUACGCAAAGUUCUAUUCAGAUAUAAUGGGCGUCACAUUCUUGGAAAUUGAGAGCGCAAAGGACCUCCCCCCUGAGCGUAAUAUGACAAGAACUGGCUUUGAUAUGGACCCUUUUGUGAUUAUCAGUUAUGGUACUUCUACUUUCCGUACAAGAGCCAUUCGACACAGUUUGAACCCUGUGUGGAAUGAAAAGCUAUUCUUCCAUGUGCGAAACACAGAAGAAAAUUACAAGAUCAAAUUCGCCAUUUAUGAUAAAGAUAAGUUUUCCAACAAUGACUUUGUUGCCUCUCAGGAGAUCACAAUUGCAGACAUUAUACAGAAAAUGCCCACAAGUCCAUCUUCAGCAGUAGAUGCAUUGGCCCAUGCUACUCCUUCCCUGUCAACGAGUGAACAUCAGGAUUCCGAAAAACAGGAUAAAAGAGAGGAGGAUUGUCUAACAGCUUCUUCUAAUGAAAUUGAACGCAAUAUGGGUCGACAUACCAUCCCCUUAAACUUGGCGAAACCGGAAAAAUGGAAAGACAGCUGCCACCCAAUGCUAACCUUCCGUGCCAAAUUUGUGCCUUAUGUGGAAAUGAGACGAAUGUUUUGGAUGGCCUUGGCUAAAGCAUGUGAUGCCGAUAAUUCAAAUACAAUGAAUCGUUUGGAAGUACAGACGAUGCUAGAAGCACUAGGUUCCAAUAUCUCAGAACACACACUUGAUAAGUUUUGGAAGCAGCAUGAUAAAGAUCCUAGUGAAGAUUUGACUCUAGAUGAAUUGGUCGAAAGUUUAGAAGCAUUCAUAUUAGCUAGUGAUAAAACAGAAGAAGACCCGAACGUCAUUAUUGAGCAAUCGAAAGAUGUACCUAUCUCGGCAGAUAAAUAUACGACCGCCAACCCAUUUUUCAUGGCGGCAACCUCAGAUGACGAGGAAGAAAGAGAAGGCUACGAGCAUUCUGAUGAAGAAGAUGAGGACGACGACUAUGAAGACGGACAAAUGAUGGAUGAUGAUGAAUACAUAGAUGAUGAAGAAGAGGAUGAAGAUGAAGACGAUGAAAGUGAGUACGACUAUUUCACCAGUCAUAAUGAAUAUGACGAUGAUUAUAUGGAUUCCGCAAGGUCUGGUUCCUCCAGCGCAGCAACAGCAUCCUCUGUGUCGCCUGAUGAAUCUAACUAUGAAGCUUUGGCUGAAGGAGAAGGAAUCCAAUAUGUUGAUACAGCUUUGAAACAGCUUCAGUUAAAGGAUGUUGAUGGUUCGACAGCCACAACCAACAAGCACCAUCACGAAAAAGUGAUUCGGCUGAAUGAAUGUCCUAUCUGUCACAAGCCCAAUCUGGCAAAACGUGGGCAGAUGGACAUCAUCACUCAUGUUGCAACUUGCGCAGCUAAUGAUUGGACUACUGUUGAUAGGUUCCUGAUUAGUAAUUUUGGUUCAGAAGCACAAGCUCAACGGAAGUGGUUUGUUAAGCUAGUGAAUCAAGUCGGCUAUGGAAGAUAUUCUAUUGGGAAGAAUAAUGCCAAUAUUAUUGUUCAAGACCGCUUGACAGGGCAGUUGAUCGAUGAACGGAUGAGUGUUUACAUUCGAUUAGGCAUGCGGCUCUUAUAUAAAGGAAUGAAAUCAAGUAUUCAAUCAAGAGCAGCUAAGCGCUUGCUAGCAAAUAUGUCCUACAAGCAAGGCCGCCGUUUUGAUAGCCCUCUUUCUCAACGUGAGAUCAGACCUUUUAUAAAAUUCCAUCAGUUAGACAUGAGCGAAGUGCUGGAACCUAUCGAAAACUUUAAAACAUUCAACGAGUUUUUCUACAGAAAGCUGAAACCAGGGUCACGGCCAUGUGAUGCACCUGAUAAUCAAAGAGUUGCCGUCAGUCCUGCUGAUUGUCGUAUGAUGGCAUUCCCAUCUGUAGACGCCGCUACUACUCUAUGGAUUAAAGGUUUGGAAUUCAGUCUGUCCAAGCUGCUCGAUGAUGCACAGGAAGCAAAGUAUUUCGAAGGCGGAUCUUUGGCUAUUUUCAGAUUGGCUCCCCAAGACUACCACCGUUUCCAUUCUCCAGUAGAUGGCACCAUUCGCAAAAUACAUAAUGUGGAAGGACAGUACUUUACUGUGAAUCCAAUGGCUAUUCGAACUACUCUAGAUGUGUACGGUGAAAAUAAACGAGACAUAGUCUAUAUGGAGACGGAGGAGUUUGGUCAAGUAGCAGUUGUUUGUAUAGGUGCAAUGAUGGUUGGCUCCAUUAUUUUGACUGCUGGCGUUGGUGACUAUCUCAAACGAACAGAUGAGCUGGGUUACUUCGCCUUUGGUGGAAGUACUUUGGUCGUAUUAUUCCAGAAGCAUGCGUUGCGUUUUGAUGAAGAUUUGUUAGAAAAUGCCAAUAACUCGUUAGAAACACUGGUGCGCGUCGGCAAUCAUAUUGGCGUACAUCCUUGAUAUCCUUAUUACUAACUAUUUAUUUUAGAGAUUCCCCCCCCUAACCCAGAUUAUAUACUUCCUUUUCUCUUCUGUAUUAACAUUAUCAAUUUAAAGUAAAACGAUCACCGAUGAACUUAAUAAUUAAUAUAAUUGUAUUGUUGAGUUCAUUAUUGCGAUUUGAUUUUUACUACGCUGAACAAAUGAGCUGAAAAUCUCCGAAUUGUGGAAGUUGGUAUCGUAAUGGUUGGUGUAAGCAUUAAUUCCUACUCAAACAAAAGUGCAUAACAAGUACUCUAUAUGCUUUCCCUUUUCUUUUCGUCAGAGAAGCAAUAUAAAAUUGAUUGAAUUAGAAUGAAAUAAAGCUGAUUACCGUCGUAAGAAUAA